AAUCACCUUUGCUCCCUUCGGUUCAUUCAGUGCCAUGUGACCUGGUCUCAUGAGUACCUUCUUCCUGUGAACACCACUCCCACUUUGUCCCUCUCUAGCUCAGCUAGCUAUUGAAGCUCUAAUCGGCUUCCUGGAUGGAACAUAUUAUCUGUCUGAUUGUAGAUCUCAACGUCGCAAUAUCUAGCGAAACCGAAGUUUUCUCUCAUAAGCUUCUCAGUUCGCAAUUCAUCGUGCAUAAAAGAUCUAUUUGUUGGUCGUGAUUACAGGGAGAACGAUCAUCAUCGUUUACAAAGAAUAUGUUACAGUGAUGCAAAAAACGGAAUGAUAUCAACAAAGUUCCCAGUAUCCAGAGAUAGAAUACUGAAGGACUCCUGAAGCUGUGUAUGUUCGAGAUUUAAAUGAUGUCGCUGAGACAGAGAUUGUUUGCUAUCGUUACAGUUUUCCGCGGAUCUUCCAUGCCGUCGACUAAAGAAGGCCAUACAUCGGCAACCGAGCAGAUUGAGAAGAUGUCGUCCGAGAGCGAGAUUGAAAGCAAACAACGAGUAGAGGUCACACCUCUGGACAGAUUACAAGCGGUGGUUGAUUGGAUGGAUAAAAACAUGCUCCUCAUCUUAACUAUCGCCGCUGUUCUUGCCGGGUCGAGUCUUGGUUUUCUAGGUCGAUUGCUUGAUCUAACGCCCCAGUCAAUAAUGCUCAUCAACUUUCCAGGAGAGAUCCUUAUGCGUUUGUUGAAAAUAUUCAUCUUACCACUCGUUACUUCGUCACUUAUUACGGCAAUGGCUCAGCUAGAUGUUAGAAGUUUUGGGAGAAUUGGCUUUAGGACUCUCACGUAUUAUACCGUCACAACUAUUCUCGCUACUAUUAUUGGUAUCACGUUGGUUUUGACGAUUCAUCCAGGUGAUCCAAGAAUCAAAAACAUUAUAAUCACUCCGGCAAUGGAAGAGCCAAAAUUCUCAACGCUCGAUCUCUUACUGGAUAUUGUCAGAAAUAUGAUACCAGAAAAUUUGGUGCAAGCCUGUUUCCAACAGGUUCAAACUUCGUACAUCAAGAAAAAAGUGAUAAUUACUGUAAACAUGAAUCAGAGCGAUCAUGUUUUAGAACCAAUAUUGGUAUACAAAGAUGGCAUGAACAUUAUGGGUUUGAUCAUAUUUUGCAUAACUUUCGGUAUUAUCGUAGGACAGUUAGGACCAAAGGGAAAACUUAUGGUAGAUUUCUUUGUCGUACUCAAUGAAAUCGUAAUGAAGUUCGUCGGCAUUAUUAUCAUCUGGUUGUCUCCGUUUGGAAUAAUGUGCUUAAUAGCAGGGAAAAUAAUGUCUAUCGUAAAUCUUGUUGCGACUGCACAAAUGUUGGGAUUGUUUAUGAUCACUGUUAUAUUAGGUUUAUUGAUACACGGAAUAAUCACGUUACCAAUCAUCUAUUGGCUAUUAACUCGCAAAAAUCCUGCUGUUUUCUUUAGAGGUAUGAUACAGGCAUGGAUUACAGCUUUGGGAACUGCAUCGAGUACUGUUACCUUGCCUAUUACUUUCCGAUGUAUCGAAGAAAACAAUAAGAUUGAUCCACGUAUUACACGGUUCGUUCUGUCGGUAGGAGCUAUUGUAAAUUUGGACGGAACUGCACUUUAUGAAGCUGUAAGUGCAAUAUUUAUUGCACAAAUAAAUGCAUUACCGUUGGGUAUCAGCGAAAUUAUAACAGUCAGCUUGACGGCAACCUUAGCUAGCAUAGGAGCGUCAAGUAUACCCAAUCCCGCUGUGAUUAGCAUAUUAUUGAUAUCGACGACUCUUGGUUUACCUACGGACGAUAUUUCUUUACUUCUUGCCACAGAUUGGAUAUUAGAUCGAAUCAGAACUUCUAUUAAUGUAUUAGGCGAUGGAUAUGGAGCGGGUAUAGUUUAUCAUCUAAGCAAAACAGAGCUCGAGAAAAUGGAUGAAGAAAGGUUGCAAAAACUUGAAACAGGUUCAUUAUUGAAAGAUACAUCUGAGAAAUGUCCGGAAGAAAUCAUAUCGGACGAUCAACAAAUUUCCGAGACAAAAAUUUGAAACAGACUCGAUUUUCUUAUGAAGAUAUUUUUCAAAAUAUUUGUUUAUCUAUAUAUUAAUAUAUAGGCAUUGUUAUAAAAUUUAUAAUGUACAUAAGUAGCUAAUUUUAUUAUAUCUUUUAUCGCUAUAGUAAAACACCUUCUGCUUUCAUUUAUAAUUUUAAUAUCUUCUAUUGUCGUUAUAAGUAAUAAAGAAAAAGCAUAAGGUUUUGUUUUGAA